AGUCAUUCUUUUCAUGCAAUUCAAAACAGCUAGGCUUCUUGAAUCCAGGAAAGGCUGUCGAACGACCGAGAGCCGAGCUCUCUUCUCCCUUUUCGCGUUUAAAAAGAAACACGCCUGUACCUGUUGAGUCUUCAGUGCACCUGUUGAAGCAUGUUCGUCGUUCGUUGCCCCGCAUCGAUGCUGUGGCAUCCCUCUGUGCACCACAGCCUCCUACUACUUCGUGCUCUACGGCAACCUCACACCCUUCAGACAGACCCGUACACAGCAACUCGUGGCCGACUCCCCACGCCACUGCUCUCUGAGUGUGCCAUGGAACUGAAUGUGCGCUAUCAACCACACUCAACACCGAGUGAAGCAUCAGCCGGCACCUCUCAAGCACAGCAGAUGGCGCUUUAUCGACCAGAAGACGUGCUGCACACGCUGCGUUGCCCGCCGGGCACGUGGGAAGGACCUGUCUUGAAUGAAGAAGUGCGGCUCGCAGCAUCAAACUCGUUGAUGGAGUAUCUGGAGGCGUCUACCGUGAGCGCGUACAUCACGAGUGCUCUUGACUCCCUCCUCGUGUCUCUUAACACAGGGGACAUGGAAACAAUCCGGCAGACACAUGCGCGAGUGAUGGACCUGGUGGAGAGACUGGAGUCGACGAUUGCAGAUGAGGAUCAUCUCCCCGGAUCGCCGCAAACCAGUGCGGAUCCCCUCAGUACGUGGCCGCUCUUUAGCGUCCUCCAGUUUCUGAUAGAGGAGGGCGGGUUGCUGAUGUCAGCGUUUCCGCGCACCAGCAAGGCAUAUGCACGACUGAGCAGCACAAACAAAGCGGUCGCGCAGCAUCGUCGGCUUCUCCAACGCACUGUGGAGGAACAAAUCGACGCAAGUCACGCGUCCGCCGCGCCUACUGCGGACACCCGCAUUGCGUUGGAUUACCCCGCCAAAGGAUUUUUGUGUGACGUGCAGAGCCACCUCGCGGCGUACAACCGCAGCACGGCGGAGCGCACGACGGAGGGGGUGACGGGGGAUAAAGGGCCGCUGCACAACCGCGUUAGUGGGGGUCGUCUUGGGAUUCAGGCUGUACCGGCGCGACUCCCGUGGACUCUUCAGGGAAAGCCGCUGCGUAAACGGUAG